AGUGACGCCCGGUGGGGGAGCGCACUGGGCGGGCAGGGCGACGCGAGGACCGGGGCGCUUAAAUCUUUUAUCAUAAGAAUGGUCGCUUUGGUGAUAACAGGCUUGGCGUAUCCCCACUAACUGCUGACCCAUAUUCCCCAGGAAAACCUUGUUUGUAUCGCUAAGGAAGAAUUAAGGGGCGACUCUGUUCUGUACAGCCGGUUUCAGCUGCGCGCAAUCACAGCUCCAGGAGCAGCGCUGGAGUCGAUGCGCUCUGGCAGAAAGCAUCCAGCCUCCUCACCUCACGGCUCAGUCGGUGCUCCUCUAGAUGCCUCCAAGCUCCAUCCACCGGCUCUCAUCAGCGGAAUCCCUCGCAAUGAAACCGCUAUAAUCCAUCCUGUCUUCUUCUUCUUUUUAUUUUUUCUUUAACACAUUACUUUCUACAAACAAGAGAACAAGGCGAGAAACACUCUUCAUCUGCAAGUUUUAGUGUGUGUGUGUCGCACUGGAGGGGAGGAAGCGAUGGCAGUCCCGGUGAAAGCAGCGCUGGCUCUCCUGGUUCUCACCGUGGCAACUGCCUUGUGUGCGGAGGUGGAGGAGCGGCUGGUGAGUCACCUGUUGUCACCGGAGCGCUACAAUAAGCUGAUCAGACCAGCUGUCAACAACAGCCAGCAGGUCACCAUUUACAUCCAGGUGUCUCUAGCUCAGCUGAUCAACGUGAAUGAGAGGGAGCAGAUCAUGACCACCAACUGCUGGCUCUCUCAGGUGUGGAAUGACUACAGAUUAAUGUGGGAUCCGGAAGAGUAUGAAGGAAUCAAGAAAAUCCGACUCCCGACACAACACAUCUGGCUGCCAGACAUCGUUCUCUAUAACAAUGCUGACGGGACCUAUGAAGUUUCCUUCUACUCCAACGCUGUGGUCUCCAACAAUGGUGAAGUGGCCUGGCUCCCACCAGCUAUCUACAAGUCGGCCUGCAAAAUCGAAGUCCGCGAUUUCCCCUUUGACCAGCAGAACUGCACCCUCAAGUUUCGCUCAUGGACCUAUGACCACACAGAGAUCGAUCUCAUCCUCCUCAGCGAUUAUGCCUCACGUGAUGACUUCAAACCAAGCGGUGAGUGGGAUAUUGUUUCACUACCCGGACGCAAGAAUGAAGACCCCAAUGAUAUCCGAUACCUGGAUAUCACCUAUGACUUUAUUAUCAGGAGGAAACCUCUGUUUUACACCAUCAACUUGAUCAUUCCCUGCAUUCUGAUCACGUCUUUAGCGAUUCUGGUCUUCUACCUUCCAUCAGACUGUGGUGAGAAGAUGACUCUUUGUAUCUCAGUGCUCCUGGCCCUGACUGUGUUUUUACUCCUUAUCUCAAAGAUUGUGCCACCCACAUCUCUAGCAGUGCCUCUGAUUGGGAAGUACCUAAUGUUUACGAUGGUGCUGGUCACCUUCUCCAUCGUCACCAGCGUUUGUGUUCUCAAUGUGCACCAUCGGUCCCCCAGCACACACACCAUGCCUCCUUGGGUCAAGCAAGUCUUCCUGUACCGGCUCCCCUCUUUCCUCUUCAUGCGGAGACCCGGAAAGUCCAACAUUCGCGAGCGGUUCCGGAAAAAACACCAGAAACAAAACCAGAAGCUGUGUGGAGCAGAUGGUGGGGUUGGAAGCUCUGCAGGAAUGGCAGAUUCCUCCUCAUCCUUCUUUGUCAAUGAGGACUCAGCCAAACGCUACGGCUGGAGGAUCAGUGACUUGUCUGAGAACACGGAGUUCAGGAGGAGGAUGACGCUCAAGUACAACAUAGAUGUGGAGGAUGCAGUGGAUGGAGUACGCUACAUCGCUGACAAGAUGAAAACUGAGGAUGAUGAUGAGGGGAUCAUCGAGGACUGGAAAUACGUGGCCAUGGUGAUCGACCGUCUCUUCCUGUGGAUCUUUGUGUGUGUUUGUGUGGUCGGAACGCUGGGCCUCUUCAUGCAGCCUCUGUUCCAGAGUUACAACACGCCCAUUGUUGAUGACGUGGAGCAUAACUGAAAUCUGAAGCCUGUACUUUGAUCUCAACAUGACCCAGAAAUAAACUUUUAAUCCUCCCAGAAACAGAGCUCUGGUGACAUCCUAACACAUAAAGUCGCACUUCUGCCUCUCACCGCUUCCUGACUGAGAAUUGAUAACGAUGCACUUUAGCCCUCAUCCAUCACCUGAUCCUACUCCAUCUUCCUCCCAUCUAAAUGUCCCGCCACGCUCUGUCAUGUACACCGGGAGCUUUUUAUUUCAGCAAACCUGAAGCCAACACAUUAGCCAAUUUUUGGCAGAGAAAGAAAAAGAGAACCAGUACAUUUACACCACACAAAUAUCUUUUGUGGUGUAAAUUGCAGUUCCAAUUGCUUCAUAUUUUGGUGCCAUAAUCAAAGGAAAGAAUGGCCAAAACUGCAAGAUUCAAUGUUUAAUUUACCAGAAUUAUCUUUUAUCUUGAAAUGUGAGGUGAAGCCACCGUUCAGCCACAAUGCUGUCACUUGGGAAUCAGCACAGAUACAAUUCUCCAUGACUGACAUGUAGCAGUAUUCAAACAGCUUUACCUAAAAUGCUCAGAUUGAAAAUAUAUUGACCUUUAUCACUGUUCACUAAGGUUUACUGGCCAACAGCAACUCAGGACUUUGUUUUUCUGUUCAGGAUGAACUUGGUUUUUCUCUUUUCUAGCGUCGCAUCUGUGUCUCUGUUCACAUUUUAUAUUAACAUAUAUCUUGGGUGAUCUGAUCACAAACGGACACCUGAGCACAGAAGUGAAUGAUCCUUUGAGGACAAAAUAAGAUCCAGUCACUAUGACCACAUUUGCAGGUGGUCUGUGCUGUGUAUGUCCACAUUCUUUUAGUAGAGUGUAUUUGACCACCUACUCAACUGAUGUCUUCACUAAGUAGAAGUAUGGACUCAUUCAUGCACCAGCAGAAUCAUAGAAAGGUGCGUCAACUGACAACUAAAAAGAAAACAGGCAAAAUGGUGAUUUCUUCUUCCUCAAAAGAACAAUGCAUUUGGUCUUUGCAAAUGAAAACAAUGUAUUUAUUUUUGUAACAAGCAGAAAUGUGAUUAUAUGUGGUCACAGGAGAUGUUCAUGGAGGUGUGAACUGACACAAACAAGUUGUCCAUUUGUGACUGGAUCACCGAAGACGCAUGUUAAUGCCAGGUGUGAACAGAGCCACGGUGUCCAAAUGAAGUUCUAAUGGCACCGAAGGGACAUUUUUGGGGUAAGCAUGCGCAGAAGAAGGCACAGACUUUUUAAAAUUUGCAUUUUGUUGACUCAAGGAGCUUAAGAUGAACAAAGCCACAGAAUCUCACAAACCAACUCAGUUUGCAGAUACGGGGCUCAUAUCGAUAACACACCCCUGAAGAGAAGAAGAUGAAUCUGUGUAGGAACACAGAAAAAGAAGCUCACUCUCCCUGCGUCGUUUUGCCAGUAGCACACAUACUGUAUGAAUUUUCUACAUCUGCCUUCAAGAUGAGACUGAGAGGACACAAAACGGCCGACUGCUUGAAUAAUAAUGGAUGGGUGGGGGUGAGGCAGUGCCCAGCCUGUUUUUGCGCUCACACAACUCACUGUGCGAACUCUGGCCUGAUUUUAUUCUAUGACCAUCUGCUGUUGUGAUGUUUAAAAGCAGCUUUGUUUUAAAUGAAGGAUGGAUGUUACAAUUUAAAAAAUUCUUUAGUGGCCACAAGGCUGUUGCUGCUCAACGUGCUUCUUUUAAAGGUACAGUACGCUGGUUUUGUUGGCGUAGUUUGUCAGCAUCCAUCACCAAGGAAACCAGCAGCAAUAAUAUUAUACAGUAUUUUAUACACACUGACGUUGAACAAAAUAACCAAACAGCUUGUGUCUUCACUUGCAUUACCUUCCAUCAUAUUGUAUGCUUUAUAAUCGCAGUCUGUUUGCAGAGACGUUACUUGAAUCCAUGUCCAGUGAUUAUUUCUAGUGGGUGUUCUAACAUGUCACUAUCAUAUUGCACUCGUCUGUCACCGCUGCCAAAAUUAGCCAGGAAAAAGUGUACUGUACUAAUCCAGCAGUUUUGAUUUUGCUUCAUCUUUGUUUUGUCAGUGGAUGGUGAAAUGAAAUGUGUUUUUUUUUUUUCUUUUUCUUCCCACUGGUCGGUCAUGUUGUGCGACUUGUUGAGUUUCGUCUUGCAGGACGGAACUGUGAUGGGACCUGAUGUCUUGUUAAGUGGAUCAAUAAAGGGAAAUGAAAGCAUUAAACAGA